AUGAUAUUAACAUGUACUGGAUUAUAUUUAUUACGUAAUCAAUUAGUAAAUUUAUUAAAUUUAAACGAUACCAAUGAAAAUAUAUGUACAAAUGAUGAUAGCAUUCAAUCAGAAAUUUUAUCAACAAAUAACAAUACAUUAACAGAACAAACUCCAAUAGCUAUACGUGAUUUUUCAUCACAAUAUGGAUCAAAUCGUAGUGAUAGUUAUGUUGUAUCAAAUAUAUGUUCACAUGCUGAAAUCUAUCCAUUAUAUGGUGAUUCAACCCAUGCAUUAGUUUUUCGUACAUAUGGUCCAUGGUGGAUUAAUAUGCCGUCGUAUAAAGAAACAAUAAAAAAUUUUAUACGUUGGGAAAAUAAUUUUACUAGUCGAGAUUUUAUUGAUAUUGAAUAUAAAGAUUUUGUUUAUGAAUGUAUUAGUUUAAAUAUUUAUGAAACAUAUAAUCCAGGUACACUUGAAGUUGUUUAUGUUGGAAAAGAAGAUGAAUAUGGAAAUGUUACAUGGCAUCGUAUAUGGUCUUUUCCUCAACCAUUUAGUAUUAUAUUAUGUGAUAAUGAAGAAAUUUUUAUUGAAAAUGGUCGUCAAACAAUCGAUGAUUUAUUUCCAGAUCAUAUCAAUACAGAUUCUAUUGUUCCAUCCUUACGUUUAAAUACUGAUAAUAGACAAAAAUCAAAAUUUCAUACACAUCAUACGAACCCACCUGCUGCUCGUUUACCACGUAUAGUUAAAAUUCCAUUAAAAGAUAAAUUUACAUUUCCAACACGAUUAAUUCGUCUGGAAUUCGAUCAUAGUACUGCUAAUUAUUAUUCAGAAAUUGAUACAGUUAUUUUAUCUGGAAAAAUUUCGCCAACGAAUUCAAUCGUAAUUGAAGAUACUCAACAUAUUCCAUCUUCUACAACAAUAAUUCAGGAAAAUGAAUCUGACGAAAAGAAUUAUUCAGCUAAUUUAACCAAACUUCCAUUUGAUAUUUUAUUUAUAAUUUGUUCUUAUCUUGAUUUACGUUCAUUAGUUCGUUUAUCAUCAACAUGUCAUUUAUUACAUCGUCAAUGUCUUGAUUCAUUACAAUUUCAAUCACUUAAUUUACAACCCUAUUGGAAUGGUAUAACAAAUUAUUCCAUUGAAAAUUUUUUUCGAUAUCAUUGUAUUCAAACACGUUAUCUUUCAUUAGCAUGGACUAAAUCAAUACAAUGUUCAUCAUUUAAUCAAUUAUUAAAUAUUUGUUCGAAUAAUCUUGUUCAGCUUAAUCUAGCCUGUUGUCAAUAUUUAACUGGACAAUAUAUUAAAAUAAUUGUUAAUUAUUGUCCAAAUAUUGAAGUAUUAAAUCUAGAAAAUUGUUUUUCAUUAAAUAAUCUCGAUUUUAUACCAUUAAAAUACCUCAAUCAUAUACGAAUAUUAAAUGUUUAUAGAACAAAAAUUGAUUAUAGAACUUUAUUACCAUUUAUUGAUAAUAAUAAAAAAUAUUUAGAAAAUAUUAAUUUAGGUAGUUGUCAAAAUUUAAAUGAUCCUAUUGGUAUACUUAAAUUAUUAUUUGCUCGUUGUUCAAAUCUUCGUUCUAUUGAUCUAUGGCGUACAUGUGGUUUAACUCAGAAUGGAUUUUUAUCAGUAAUUGGUUUACCAUUUGAUAUUGGAGAAGAAAAACGACGAAUAUUAAAUUUAUCAAAAGAUGAACAAGAAGAAUUAGCUCUUAUUUAUUCAAGUGUUAAUAUGCCUAUUGAAAUUAAUACAAUAAUGCAUAUAAAAUAUUUGAGUGAAGUCGAUCUUGGAUGGACUGAUCCUCCGCCAGGUUUUAUAAAAAGUUUUGUUCAACAAAUUGGACAUUCAUUAAUUAAACUGUUCUUAACAGCUUGUCGACGUGUUAAUAAUGAAGAUAUACUAGCAGUUAGUGAACAUUGUCUUCAGUUACGUCAACUUGAUUUACUUGGCUCGAGUAUAAUCGUUGAAACAAGUAUUGAAUCUAUAUUAACACGUUGUUUAUAUUUGGAAUUUCUUGAUUUAUCAUUUUGUGAUAAAAUAUCUAAUGAAACAUUAUCUAUAUGGAUAUGUCAAUAUAAAAAUUGUUUUAAAAGAAGUUAUUCACCAAUGAUGAAUGAUGAUAUUUAUACAGAAUUUACUUAA